UGACCGACUGCAGAGGCCGCGCCGCCUCCCCCGCCCGAGAUCUGCGCGCUCCGCCGCAGGGUGCAGAUCGGGGGCGCCCGCCUGGGUUUGGGGCGCAAGAGCAGAGGUGGAGCCAGGGCGGAGCCAGCGCGCCCCGUCCCCCUCCUUUCCAAUCGAAAGCGAAACGGAGGGCUGGAAAGGAAGGGCGGAGCCGGCCUGGAGGCCCCGCCCCCUGCCCUGAGAGGCAGCUGGACAGACGGGCGCGCCCAGGUAGGGGGGCGCUGAGCGCCCAGUGCGGACCCUCGCGGGGACCUGCGCCGCCACCAUGUCUCAGGAAGGUGUGGAGCUGGAGAAGAGCGUCCGGCGCCUCCGGGAGAAGUUUCAUGGGAAGGUAUCCUCCAAGAAGGCGGGGACUCUGAUGAGGAAAUUUGGCAGCGACCAUACCGGAGUGGGGCGCUCCAUCGUGUACGGGGUAAAGCAGAAAGAUGGACAGGAACUGAGUAAUGACCUGGAUGCCCAGGACCCCCCAGAGGACAUGAAGCAGGACCGGGACAUCCAGGCGGUGGCGACCUCGCUCCUGCCACUAACAGAAGCCAACCUACGCAUGUUCCAACGUGCCCAGGAAGACCUCAUCCCUGCUGUGGACCGGCAGUUCGCCUGCUCCUCCUGUGACCAUGUCUGGUGGCGCCGCGUGCCCCAGCGGAAGGAGGUGUCCAGAUGCAGGAAAUGCCGGAAGCGCUACGAGCCGGUGCCCAGUGAAAAGAUGUGGGGCGUGGCUGAGUUCCACUGCCCGAAAUGUCGGCACAACUUCCGGGGCUGGGCACAGAUGGGGUCCCGGUCCCCCUGCUACGGGUGCGGCUUCCCCGUGUAUCCGACACGGAUCCUCCCUCCACGCUGGGACCGGGACACAGAUCGCCGCAGCACCCACACCCACUCCUGCUCCGCUGAGGACUGCUACAAUCGGCGAGAGCCCCACGUGCCUGGGACGUCCUGCGCACACCCCAAGAGUCGGAAGCAGAACCACCUGCCCAAAGUCCUGCACCCCAGCAACCUCCACAUCAGCAGUGGCUCCACUGUGGCCACCUGCCUGAGCCAGGGGGGACUCCUGGAAGACCUGGACAACCUCAUUCUGGAGGACCUGAAGGAGGAGGAGGAAGAGGAGGAGGAGGAGGGCGGGCACGGGGAGUGACCCCUGCCAGGUGCAGAUGCAAACCAGACACGGUCUGUGGAAAUUUUGUGUUGUUAUAAAAUAUGAGCUCAAACGGA